AUGACCAGCACCGCCAUCUACGAGCGAAGAAUUGCCGCGGGGGAAACUACCUCUUUCAUGACCGAGGAUAUCGAUACCUUACUUGGAAAUUUGAAGAGGGAACGGGCAACGGUCGGACCGCAUUAUGUGCCGAUACUAGAUACAUCCUUCUACGCCCUCGCGACCCGCAACAGUGAUAUCAUCAAACUGGCCGAAUCGAAAUUGGAACUCCACGCGAACGCCAUCUUCCUUGCCACGGAGUCGUUAGUUCAUCGGACUGACACCACCAGACGAUUACAGGGCGAGUGUGUGCAUAUCCACCGAUUGAAGGAUUACUCGUUGCAUAUGGUCUUGAGUGCGGUGGAUUGUAAAAAAGUCUUCGAUGCGGGCUGGGGACAGCGUCAUGCGUUCAGUGGAGUCACGAUUCCGAAGGUGUUAACUGGUGGUCGAGGCAUUGAUCUACCAUCUGAGUAUGUGUUGAUUUAUGCACCGCGGACGGAGGAGGAGGUCACCCUGGUGAUGGGUCUUAUUAUGGCGAGUGUGCGGUAUUUAUCUGGGGCGGAAGUGCAGUGA